AUGAUGUGGAAACCGCAGUGGCGCAAAACUAUCCCAUUUGGCGCCCAGAAGAAUGCAACCAUGGCGCCGCCACCCAGCAUUCCCGACCUCGGUACUGGUUAUCCCCGCACCUCUCUCCAACUGCCAGAGUAG